AUGGACCCCAAGGACCGCAAGAAGAUCCAGUUCUCCGUGCCCGCGCCCCCCAGCCAGCUCGACCCCCGCCAGGUGGAGAUGAUCCGGCGCAGGAGACCAACCCCUGCCAUGCUGUUCCGGCUCUCAGAGCACUCCUCGCCAGAGGAGGAGGCCUCGCCCCACCAGAGAGCCUCAGGAGAGGGGCAUCACCUCAAGUCGAAGAGAACCAACCCCUGUGCCUACACACCCCCUUCACUGAAAGCCGUGCAGCGCAUUGCUGAGUCUCACCUGCAGUCCAUCAGCAAUGUGGGUGAGAACCAGGCCUCGGAGGAGGAGGAUGAGCUGGGGGAGCUGCGGGAGCUGGGCUACCCAAGAGAAGAGGAGGAGGAGGAGGAGGAGGAGGAGGAUGAAGAAGAGGAGGAGGAGGAGGACAGCCAGGCCGAAGUCCUGAAGGGCAGCAGAGGGUCUGCUGGGCAGAAGACAACUUGUGGCCAAGGUCUGGAGGGUCCCUGGGAGCGCCCGCCUCCUCUGGAUGAGCCUCAAAGAGACGGAAGCUCUGAGGACCAAGUGGAAGACCCGGCAUUAAAUGAACCCGGGGAGGAGCCACAGCGCCCUGCCCACCCUAAGCCUGGCACAUAGGCACCCAGCCCUGCAUCUUCCGGAAGGAAGUGGAGGGGGCAUUGCUGUUCCCCAGAAACCCUCUCUGUCCCCACCCUAUUUUGUACCCUUCCCCUCACUUGCUAGGGCUGUGGCUUCUGACUUUUAGAAGACUAAGGCUGGUCUGUGUUUGCUUGUCUGCCCACCUUUGGCUGAUGCCCAGUGUCUCUGGGCACUUGCUGCCUGAUGCCUACCCCUGCCAGUCAUUCCCCCAUUCACCCAGUGGGAGGUGGGUUGUGAGAGAGCUUGCAUUGGGAAACCCAGGAAAUGGGGGACAAAGGUUCAUCCUUCACACUUCUACUCCCCAGACCCUCUCCCUUGGGCACAGGAAACCCAUAGGGCAGGACCCUAAGAUCUGGGGAAAGAGGGUACUGAGAACUUUAAGUGCCCAUAGAGCCUUCUCCAUCCCCUGGGGAAUUCCAAGCUACCACCCCUCUCACUGGCUUCUACCAGGGCCCAGGAUUCAGGCAUCCUUUCCACAGCCUCAACAUUUUGGAAAUCUUCCCCUCAUCACUAGCUCCCCAGCCUGGGUGCCUGGAAGAUGGACUGGCAGACGCUGCUUUGUUGCGUUUUGUUUGUGCUUUGACGCCAGGAAUGCCUUCUAGUAUAAGUCCUUAGAGGGGCACACGGUGGGGGAGCCAGGCUCUCCUUGUCCUCCAGCUGCUCUGCCCUCUUCCCCUCUUCCCUGACUCCAGGCCUGAACCGCUCCUGUGCUGUAAUAAAUCUUUGUAAAUAAC